AUGAAGAAGCAGCAAUUGAAAGAUGGUGGGAUCCUUGGCCUUGAGAACAAAGCUGCACCAGAUGCCCCCUAUUUCACACCCAUACAGGAUCCUCCAGCGGGCACGGCCCUGAAUCCUCAACCGAGUGGAAAGCCUCUCCCAAAGCUUUUCACGCCGCUGAAGAUUCGUGGGGUGGAAUUUCAAAACCGCAUCAUGGUCAGCCCGAUGUGUCAGUAUAGUGCUCUCGACGGCUUCCAUACCCCGUGGCAUACCACGCAUUAUGGCGGGAUCAUCCAGAGAGGGCCAGGUUUGACGAUAGUGGAGGCAACUGCUGUACAAGCCAAUGGCCGAAUCACACCCGAAGACUCGGGAAUCUACCUCGACUCUCACGUCUUCUCGCUCAAGCCACAUGUAGAGUUUGCCCACUCGCAAGGCCAAAAGAUUGGAAUCCAAUUGGCACAUGCCGGACGAAAGGCCAGCACAGUCGCACCGUUUCUAUCUUCCAGCGCAUUAGCUACCAAAGAUGUGAGGGGAUGGCCUGACGAUGUCGUGGGCCCGUCAGCAAUUCCUUUUAGUGAUGCGCUUGCCACUCCCAGAGAACUAACUCUGGCUGAGAUCGAGGAGCUGAAAGCCGACUUCAUUCGCGGCGCCCAACGCGCUGUACAAGCAGGCUUCGACGUUAUUGAGAUUCAUAAUGCCCACGGAUAUCUCCUUUACGAAUUCCUCUCGCCGAUCAGCAAUAAGCGCACUGAUCAAUACGGAGGCAGCUUCGAGAACCGCGUGAGGCUUACCUUAGAAGUUGCUGAGGGCAUUCGACAGGCAAUACCAGAAGACAUGCCCCUGUUCGUUCGAAUAAGCGCGACGGAUUGGCUCGAGGAAGUCGAAGGCUUCGAUAGUGGGAGCUGGACAGUCAAGGAUGCCGCGAAGCUGGCGCCACUGCUGGCAGAACGAGGGGUGGACCUUCUGGAUGUGUCCAGUGGUGGCAAUUCCCCUUUGCAGAAGGUUAAAGGUGGACCGGGCUAUCAGGCACCGUUUGCAAAGGAAAUCAAGAAAGCUGUGGGCGAUAAAAUGUUUAUCAGUGCCGUUGGAAAUAUUAACGAUGGAAAGCAAGCGGAGAACCUCCUCACGGAAGACACACCCAUAGAUGUGAUUAUGGCUGGGAGGCCCUUCCAGAAAAACCCUGGACUUGUUUGGUACUGGGCAGAUGACCUAGAUACCAGUAUCUAUGUUGCUAGCCAAAUUGGCUGGGGAUUUGGGGGACGAGGUACAAGGAAAUCGAGGAUCUGA